AUCACAUCAAGUGCACACCUCAAUCUGCGCUGCGUCAAGAAACUAACGAUGACACGGAUCACGGAUUUUGGUCGAAAACGCACGCAUGUGCAAGCAGGCUUUCCUGAUGAUUCCGAGCCUGUUGAAGAACCGGCAGAGCCACACGCUUCGACGUCCACUUUACCAUCCGAGAGCCAGCCACACGAUCAAGUUCCUCCAAAAAAGAAAAGAAAACGAACAAAAAAAACCAAAAGAAGAAAAUGUGAGGACAAGGCACAGGAUGCGGGUGAUUCUGAAACAACAAAAGUUGUGCCCAAGAAGAAACUGAAGGAUAAACGGAAACCGAAGACUCGGCCAGAUCCUGCUCAACGUUCCGAAUCGAGACGCCAGAAACGAAUUGCAGAGAAAUACGCAGACACUACUUGUUUUGCAUGUCGCCAAAAAGGGCACACUGCAAGAGACUGUCCAACCAUACGUAAUGAAGCUGGUGGUGGUGGUGGUGGUAGUAGUGUGGCGAGACAAAGAACUGUUGGAAUAUGUUAUCGUUGUGGUUCAAAUCAGCAUACUCUCUCGCGAUGCAAUGCCCCAGAAGACCCUCAUCAUCCUCUUCCGUUUGCAUCAUGUUUCGUGUGUUCUGGUAAGGGUCACUUAGCAUCAUCUUGUCCACAAAACAAGGACAAGGGUGUCUAUCCAAAUGGAGGCUGUUGCAAACUCUGUGGCGAAACGUCUCAUUUGGCCAAGGACUGCGGACUGAGAAAACAAGCUCAAUCUGGAACCGCAACUUUUGUUGGGACGGGCCAAAGCGCUGGUGCGGAUGAAGAUGACUUCCACACAUUCAAGCGGCAGAAUGCGGAUGUAGACAGAGAUAUAAAGAAAGAUGAGAGAGCAAAGAAAAAGGCGGAUGUAAAGUUGGGAUCGUACACAGGAACAGUGAAAGCCUUUGGCACCCCUGCCGGAAACUCUGCGAAGGUGAAGGUCGUUUACUUUUGAGUACCGAGAUCCCCUUAUAGACCAACUAUCGAGUUCCCACUGACUUUGGAUUU